GGGUUGACAAAGACAUGUAUAUGGCCAAUGUGGUUUUAUGUGCUGGUGUUUAUAAUAGAUGUGGAGAAAUCAGGUGAACAUGAAGGAGGGGAAGAGGAAAGAUCUCAUGAUUUUGUACACAGUGUUGCUGAUUCUGAACAAAAAUUAGAAGAGACAAAGCAAGAUGUAGAGCAAGAUGUAGAGCAAGAUGUAGAGCAAGAUGUAGAGCAAGAUGUAGAGCAAGAUGUAGAGCAAGAUGUAAAACAAGAUGUAGAACAGCCUGCCGAGGAACAAACGGAGGAUGCAGUUGUUGCUGAUGAUGACACAGGAAAUGCCGAACAGAAAGAGGAAGAAGUGACAACAGAGGAGAAGCCGGGUGAUGCGGAAAGCCAACAAGGUGAGGAUGGAGACGCUACAGAAGCUAACGAAGAACAAACUGAAAGAACAGAGGGUGAUGACGUGGUGGACGAUGCCCGCUAGUGCAGCAUGUGUGUAUGUAGACAUUUACCACAAUGGCCAAGAGUCUAUAGAUUAACAAAACAGAUCGUGUCCUAGACAAAAUGUUUAGAGAAGUGCCUUUCUGUUAUUCACAUCCUCCACUAGGAUGUUGAUGUUAGUAGACGGCGCUUAGAUCUUCUAUUUACCGUACAGAUGCAUCCAGCGUCCGGAACAAACCUCGGCUGUUGU